AUGCUGGUGAGGCUCACACUCCUAGUUUACUACUCCCUUCCGAUUGCAAUAGACCAGUUUCGUAUUUUGAGUGUGCGACCAGCUUCCUCAACUACGUCGCCAAUCAUUGCCGACCUCAUUGUCGAGAAUUUCAAAAAUCAACACAAACACUAUGACGCCCUUUCCUACACAUGGGGCGGCUUUUCCAACAGCGACCGGAUAAUUGUCAACGGUAAAGAGUUCCCUGUGACCCAAAAUUUGCGACUAGCCAUUCAAAACUUGAGGCACCCAUCGCGAGCUACCAGGCUUUGGAUCGACUGUAUCUGCAUCAACCAAGCUGAUACGAUGGAGCGAAAUUCGCAAGUCCAGCUGAUGGGCUGGAUCUACUCUCAGGCACACCACGUAGUGAUUUGGUUAGGAGACACAUCAGAAACAUCACGAGUUGCGAUGAAACUUCUCAACGAUUGCCACAAUCUUGAAUCGGAUGAAGAGAUUAUACAAAGAGUCAUCAGUGACGAGGCCGCUAGCUACCUGGAGUACUUCAAUGCAUCAAAAGGGGCACCGCUCAAUCGACAAAUAGGUGUGAUCAAUCUCAACGCACAAAUACUCACCAUCGACGGCGUAAAACUAGAUGUGAUCUGCAAAACUGUCCCGUUGCAAACCGGAGAGGAGAAACGACGACGAGUUCUUGAACAAAUAGACCCGCAGUCUAUGGGAUCACACCCGAUUGGAAAGCCUCACCUACAAGCUUUCUUUGAGACCAUGGUCUUCGAUAAUGUCACUUUACAUGGUGGUAACACAUUGAAGGAUCCGAUUGGAGACCAAAGUCUGAUUCGACUUGCUGUGGGCUUCCUUCAUGAGCUAGACGCGUUUAAUCACGAGACCAGGUGUCAUCGACAUAUGAAGCGGGCAGAUUCCGAGAGGCCAGGAAUACAUCAAUCAGAGGUAUUGAAGUUGGCAGUUGAAGAGUAUAGGCGUCUUGAAGCUACAGAUCCGGAAGAGCUUCAUUGGCGUCGUGAAGAAUACAGGCUACGGACCGAAGAAGCAACCAAUGGAAAUCUGACGAGUAUAUUUUCAACUGAGACAAACUACGUUGGCAGGGGACUGAUUUCCAUAAGAGAGGGUGACAUAAUCGCCAUCCUAUUCGGAUGUAGACUUCCGGUAGUCCUGAGGGAAAGCACCCAACCGUCGACAUAUCAGCUAAUCAGCCCUUGUUACGUAAGUGGUAUCAUGGAUGGAGAAGCAAUUGAGACCCUGAAGCUUGGAUCUUUCCCAAGAGGGAAUGUAUCUUACAGGAUGGGAGCUAGACAGACACAGAUGCAUUUAGUAUAA